UCACUCGAUCGACGGCCAUCCCAAAGCUAAACAAGCAAGGAAAAUAGUACUCCGUGCUACAGCGCAACCGGAGAGUCGGGGGCCACGAACUGGCACACAUUGAACUCGCCUCCCAAGAAAGGCCAAUCAGUAUCCAAGAAAAGUCAAUCUCGCUACUGGUACAUGCUUAUACGAGCUAGUAUUACCACGACGUACGUCCCAGGUUCUUCUCCUCUGUUUCCCCUGCCUAGCUCUCUGCUCAGGCAGGCAUGGCGAGCUCCAAGAACAGCAUCUCGCCGUCCCCGGUGGUCGUCUUCCUCCUCGGGGCCGGCUCGGCCACCGUGCUCCUCGUCUUCCUCUUCACCUCGACCGCGAAUCCCGCGUGGCCCACGAUGGCCUCCCAGGGGAUCAGGCAGACGGUGGCAGCUGGUUCCGGUUCUCUGCAUCAGCCCUGCAGCACCACACCGGCGCCGAACAGGACAGCCGCAUCAGCGAGGCAGAGAAAACCUAGAGCAAGAGCCCCAAAGGUUUCUCCUCCUACUAAUGCGAGAGGCAGCAGGGGCGUGGAGGACGACGAGUUCGCGCGGAUGGUGCGGCGCGCGGCGAUGGAGGACGGGACGGUGAUCAUGACGUCGGUGAACGAGGCGUGGGCGGCGCCGGGGUCGCUCCUGGACACGUUCCUCGAGAGCUUCCGCGUCGGGGAGAACAUCUCGCAUUUCGUCGAACACAUCAUCGUCGUGGCCAUGGACGAAGGCGCUCUCCUUCGUUGCCACGCCCUCAAACACCCGCACUGCCAUCUCCUCCUCCCGGACCCGGAAAACAACUCCCCCAACGGGACAAGCCCGGACCUCUCCGGCGCCAAGAGCUACAUGACCAAGGACUACCUCUCCCUCGUCUGGUCCAAGCUCCGGCUCCAGCAGCGCGUGCUGGACCUCGGCCACAACCUCCUCUUCACGGACGUGGACGUGGCGUGGUUCAGGGACCCGAGGGUGCACAUCACCUUGGCGGCGGACAUCACGACGUCGAGCGACUUCUACUUCGGGGACCCGGACGACCUGGGGAACUACCCGAACACGGGGUUCAUCUACUUCAAGGCCACGGCGCGGAACGGCCGGGCCAUGGCGCACUGGCACGCGGCCAGAAGCCGGUUCCCGCGGGAGCACGACCAGUUCGUGUUCAACGAGAUCAAGCGGGAGCUGGCGGCGCCCGGGAUCGGGGUCCGGAUCAGGUUCAUUGAUAGUAAGGAUGUCAGCGGGUUCUGCCAGCUCGGGCGCGACAUGAACCGGGUCGCCACCGUGCACACUACCUGUUGUAUCGGGUUGGAGAACAAGCUGCAUGAUCUUAAGCGGGUUGUGGUGGAUUGGAAGAGGUAUUUGGCUAGGCCGGUCUGGGAGCGCCGGGCUGGGUUGGUCGGGUGGACGUUCCAGGGUGGGAAGUGCAUACAUUGAGCGAAGAUGGAUCGCCGGGGAGUUGAGUUGAAGCUGGCCGAUCGGUUCUUGGUAGCUCGGUCGAGUCAGCCUCUUCAUGUUUCUGUAGCCCAGUGAAUUAUAUGAUGUGGUUUGUACUAGUAUAUGUGCUUAGCUCGCAAUUGAUCGAGGACAGCCAACAGUAGGUCAAACAAGUAGUACUGCGGGUCUACGAUUGCCUAACUACGUUGGACUGGGAGGGGUUUAAUCUUUCCUGUGACUGACCAAGCUAGGCAGGUAAUGUGAAGUGUGAAGUGUGCCUUCUUGAGAGGAAACAUCUGCCUCCAGCGAUGUCGAAUCUUAUCUUUGCCAGGUUCAGGACGGGUCGCUAGCUAGCUACUAGCCGAUAUGGGAAAAUUGAAGCCUUUAUCCCGCCAUUGUUUGUAGUCGGGUUUUAGACGUUGUGAUCAGAGCUUACUGAAGGCUAUUCAGAUUUUUGCAUGAUCAUAAGUUCUUGAAUUUACUGGACUCGAUGUUCAUCUUCUUUUUUCGGCUGGAUCUUGGUCGUUUUGAGGACGACGGCCAGCA